CCAAGCACAGGAAAUAGUGUAAGUAGCUCCAUCAAAAAUCUGGUCCGAAGUAGGAACCUUCUGUCAGGGAAAAUCUCGCAUCCCCAUUAAAGCUUGAAACUUUUUGGUAUUUGGUUUAUAGAAGCUUGAAACUUGAGACUUACCAUUUAGUAGAAAGUUUUCGGACAAAAUAAAAAUAAAAAUAAACAUUUUAGUCAAAGUAUAUGAUUGUGGGCUGGCUCAUGGUAGUGUAAAAAAAUGCAUCAUCACGGGAAUUUGAACGUGAAACGCAGUCACCCACAGAUGGAGGAUGCCGCCAAUCAUUUAUCUUCAUCUAUCAACCACUUUCACAGCAGCAUGAUCGAGUCCCAGACGGCCAUGCCCGACGUUAGUCUACAGCCACAACCACAACAGCAACCGCACAUUGCUCUGCCUCCGUUGGUGGAGGAUUUGCUGAACCAAAUUUGUAACGACAGAAAGCAACCCCAGCCAGACUACGACGUCAGGCGGAGGCUGGGUUUGCUGGGCGAGGAGAAGGCCCUCCAACUCCUCCAUGAAAUCGACGAGGCAAAAGUAAUCAAAACCCUCAGUGGCUUCAUCAAGUGGAUGAUCCGUAAUAAACCACAAUAUCAAUGUGCCUCUCCUUCUCCCUCUCCUUCAAAGUCCGCCCCUGCUUCUCUUCUACAAACCCAAUUGUCUGCUUCUCCCAUUACGCCUCCUGUUCAUAAAGUAAGAAUGGAAGUUACAGAGCAACCUGGAGACCAUGGAGGGUUGAGGCCACCUUAUUCCUAUUCCUCUGCCUCACCUUCAAAAGUUCUCCGUGUUUAUCCGUAUCAAGGCCAAUCAUCUGCUCCUCCUUCAACUAUUACUCCUGUUCGACUUUUUAAGGACCCUCUGCCUCUACCUCAACCUUUUCCUCAAGGUGAGACUUCCACUUAUUCCUCAGUAGACCAACCUGGAGACAAUGGGCAGGCACAAUUAGAAGCUCUGGGCGAACUUGAGUUCAGGAGACAAUUCCUAAUAUUGAAUUACGCUGGAGGAAAUAAGUUAGAAAAAGUUCUAGAGCCCGAGACUAUUAGGAGUUGGAAAGAUUUGCCGAUGCAACUGUUUGAGACGACAGUUUGGGAAGCUUUGGGUCGGAACUAUAUCGGCACGCGACACCCGACUUUUGAUUGGGAUUCUGGAAAAACAUACGUCUAUCAUUGUGAAGUCUCUGUGGAUGGGAGCUACAAAUUCAAGGGACCCUGUCUAAACAACACAAAAAGAACUCUCCUGCAGAAAGUUUUGGGAGAUGACAAUGUUUUAAUGGUGAAAUUUUCCGAUGUGGUGACUGAGAAAGUUCCAACUGCCAUUAAAGAUAAUAAUUAUGCCAAUUAUAGCAAGGUCGCGAGAGAAGGGAUUCUUGUGGGUUUGCGUCGAUAUCAGUUCUUUGUGUUCAAAGAUGGUGGCAAUAAAGAAAAGAAGAAAAACCCAACUUCAUCACCUGUGAAGUGUUACUUUAUUUGUGUGGGCUCUAAUGCCGCGAUUGACAGGAGUGAAGAUUAUAAGUUCUCUAACAGAAAAAUUCACGAAACAAGAUGCAUUUUUAUGCAUGCACAUACUGUGUCUAGUGUGUCAAACUACAUGGCUAGGUUUUCACUCAUUUUGUCAAAGACAGAGAGCUUAGUAGUAGAUUGGUCACUUGUAAAGGUUGAGGACAUCGAUGAUGAGUAUUGUCUAGAUGAAUCUGGUAAUCGUAUCUAUAGAGAUGGAAAGCCUCUUAUACAUACAGAUGGAACUGGAUUCAUAUCUGAGGAUUUGGCUUUACUCUGUCCGAAGGAUUUACUCAAAGGAGACUAUAUCAGUAAGGAAUACAUUGAGCCUUUGCUCUUGCAGUUCCGACUUUUUUACAAAGGCCGUGCUGUGAAGGGAACCUUUCUGAUCAAUAAAACGCUGCCACCAAAAACAAUCCAGAUUCGACCAUCAAUGGUUAAAGUUGAGACAGAUCCAAUGAUUUCAGAUGAUCAAACAGUGAAUUCGUUGGAGAUAGUGACAGUAAGCAAAUCACAUAGGAAUACAUUUUUUUCGAGGCAUUUAAUUGCACUUCUAUGUCAUGGAGGGGUGCCGAAAGAGUACUUCAGGGAGUUACUUAUGAAAGAUCUGGAAGAUACUCGUGGUGUUUUCUGCAGUAGGCGUGCAGCAUUCAAAGUUGCCUAUAACCACGGUGAGAUCGAUGAUGAUUACAAUUCGGUAAAAAUGAUUCUUUCUGAUAUUCCUCUUGAAGAAUCAUAUUUGCAAUAUCGUCUAUCAAUUCUAAAGAAAGAGGAAAAUAAGAGUCUUAGAAAAGGCAAAAUUUGUAGUCCUCAGAGUUAUAUGUUGAUGGGGACAGCUGAUCCAACAGGGAUUCUGGAAAGAGAUGAAGUUUGCGUUAUCCUUGACAGCGGACAAAUGUCGGGAGAGGUACUAGUGUACCGGCAUCCAGGUUUGCACUUUGGUGAUAUUCACGUUUUAAAGGCCAGAUACGUGAAGGAGUUAGAAUAUGUUGUCGGCAAUGCCAAAUAUGCUAUAUUCUUCUCUUGCAAAGGUCCACGUUCUGUAGCUGAUGAAAUGGGUGGUGGAGAUUUUGACGGUGAUCUCUAUUGGGUCUCAAGAAACCCUCAGCUUUUGGAAUGUUUUAAACCGAGUGAACCUUGGAUCGAAGCUUCAUCAUCAACUCCAAAAGUUGCGAGUACUAGACCCAGUGACCUUUUGCCUAAUCAUAUAGAGGAUGCGCUUAUUAAACAAUUCUUGAAAACUAGGUUUGAACCCAGUUUUGCAAUGAGUGAGGCAUCUGAUAGCUGGCUGGCUAUGAUGGAUCGGUUGUUAAUUCUAGGAGACAGUAGUAAUAGCGAGAAAACCCAUGUGAAGGCAAACAUGCUGCGAUUGGUUGAUUUAUACUACGAAGCUCUAGAUGCACCAAAAAAAGGUGGAAAGGUGGUAAUUCCUGGAGAAUUGAAGUCGAAUCUGUUCCCUCAUUACAUGGAAAGGGUAAACUCAUACAAAUCAACGUCCAUUUUGGGAUUAAUUUAUGACACAGUGAACGCCUAUCAAGCAGAAGAUGCUUCUAUCAAAGAAGUCAAGAAACUUCCUAUGUUCGAUGUCGAAGUCCCUGAGGAGUGCUUGAAGAAAUGGAGGGAACACCACCAGCAUUACAGGAGUGAAAUGAGGUCGGCCAUGCAGGACGAUGAUCGAGACGGCAAGAAUAAUGCUGCCGAUAAGGUCUUGAGAAAGUAUAAAGAGAUUCUGUAUGGUGGUGCUGAGGACCUUGAGAAUAGUACAAGGCCGUUGCAUGAAAUAUUCGACGAGGCGCUCGCAAUAUAUCGGGUGACUUAUGACCAUGCUAUAAGUCAAGGAGCUGUUGGUAAAUGCUGCUUUGCAUGGAAAGUUGCAGGUUCAGCCCUCUGCAAGUAUUACAUGAAUAAACAAGGGGCCCGAACUAUUGAAGUCUCAUUCUCUGUUUUGAAGGACUUAGUGUAAAUUAAAUUUUAGGUGUACCAUAAUAUCCGUAAUUAGUCAAGAAAUGUUGUAUGUAUUAUAUUGUAACAUUAACGUGUGUAUGCAUAUAUAUAAAAUAUAUAUAUAGUUGUUUUCC